AUGAGCGUUGACGCGAAGUUUUUGAAACGUAAAAUAAAACCUUCGCUUUUGGAUGUGCAUCCGGUGGAAAAUGCGUUAGUCAUCAGCUAUGAGGUGGAGGCGCAAAUUUUUGGCGAACUAGGGGAUCCGAUGGUCGGAGAAAAGAAGGAAAGUCAAAAAUUGGUUCGGAUCAAAGGAUUGACGGAAGAUACUGACAUCGAUACUUUGACUGAAGAGAUUAUCUCAAGAUGCACGUUGAUUCAUCCGAGCAGAUUCGGAGAAGUGAAGCAACUCUUGUUCUAUUUGCAAACCCGAAAGAAGCCUGAUGGACAACCGAAAGGUGCAGAAAAUUUUCACUUAAUUUCAAGGUCUUGUCAUUUGAACGCCUAUUCCUUAAUUGUAGAUGGUAAGAAAAAGGAAGCAUGGACGUCUUCUGGAAAAGAUUCUCCUGAUUUGGAAGCGUUCAAUGCCUGCAAAGAAGUCGCAAAUUUGAAUGAUCUCGAGGAUUACAUCGAAAUGCUUUACGAAGAAAUCAAUUCCAAAUGCCGUGGAGCAGCUUUAAUCCUUCAGCUCACGCGAAAUCCAGACAAUCUCGAGGAGUUCUUCGACAACGAAGUUCUUCUAUCAGCAUUAUCACGAGUUCUAAGGGAAGACUGGAAGCGAAAUCUGGAUCUCGCGACAAAUCUUGUGUACUGUUUCUACUGCUUCUCCGUGUUCACGCAGUUUCACAGCAUUAUACAAAAUUACAAAAUUGGAUCAUUGUGCAUGGAAAUCGUGCGUCAUGAGUUGACAAGACGUCAGAAGUUUCUGGCGGAUGUGGAAAAGCCGGACGGCGAUGCUUCAAACAAUGAUCGGGUUUUGUCGAUGAAAAAGUUGAAGAUUUUGAUCCGGAAAUUGAACCAAUUGUUGCGAGUUUGCUUCUACCUGUUGCUGAAUUUGUCAGAGGAUCCUAAAGUAGAGCAGAAGAUGCGUUCGAAAGGCGUAAUUAAGCUGCUUGUGGAAGCGCUGACUCCUGAAUCAGGCAAUGAUCUGGUAAUAUUGGUUCUCACAUUCCUUCAGCGACUUUCGGUUUACAUUGAGAACAAAAACGAUAUGGCCUUGUUGGGAGUGAUCGGAAAAUUGAGUUUCCUGUUGAGCGAAGAUGGAGUUCAGGGACACUUAUUUCAGUGCGACGAUCCGAGCGUAGUGAAUCUUUCGCUGCGGCUUCUGUUUAAUCUUUCUUUUGAUCCGGAUUUGCGGAUUGCGAUGGUCAAAGAAGGAUUGAUGCCUAAGAUCGUCACUGCAAUGGGCGAUGAAAGGCAUCGUCAUCAGGCCGUAUGCGUUUUGUAUCACCUCAGCAUGGAUGACAAGUGCAAGUCGAUGUUUACUUACACUCAGGCAAUUCCAUUGGUGAGUUUGUCAUGGAAGACGAAUUAGUGCAUUUAAGCACCCGUAUCCCCGAAUAACUGACCAGUUCAGAAAGUUAACAGUAGCCCGAUUCAAAUAGCGCCUUUUAUUCUGUACUGUAUAUUACUGGCUAAGAUGUCUGAAUUGUACUGUAUUGCAAAGUUUACUGUAAGAGGUAAAUAAAAUUACCUGUUUGAUUUCAUCUUUAGGAGCCAAUCUAGAAUAUUUCGACUAUUUCCAGAUACUGUAAAUCAUAUCCACCCCAUUGGAGUACAAACUCUGAAACAAAAAUUUUUUUAUUUCAAAAUCGUUAAAUUCCGUAUCCUGUUAAUUCGGAGAAGAGGAAUGUGGGCUUCACUAUAGGGUACAACUUUUUAAAAUUCCUGUGAUUUUACUAGCAUAAUUCUUGCAAUUCUGUAGUUCUAAAAACAAGGAAAAUUCUUCGUCCAUCGUGUAUUGACAUGCUCAACUAUGGAAAGUCGGCUACAAAACUCGUGUACAUUCGGUUCUAGUUGAGAAAACGAGGGAAUCAUGAUCGUUCUGCUGAUGUUUUCUCAAAGUGAACGAGUUCGAAAUAUCACCCCGUGUAUUUCAUGCUUCGAUUUUUAGCUGAUGAAAUUUUUGUUGGAUUCGGAUGAGGAUGAUCCUGGCAUGGAAGUAAUGGCGUUGAUCAUCAACUUGGCGGCAAAUCGGAAAAAUGCGGCAUUGAUUUGCGGAACCGUUGGAAGCAGUAGAGAAGGAUUGGGAUUAAAACUCCUUCUCCAUCGUGCCUUCAAAACUGAUGAUCCGCUAAUAAUGAAAAUCAUACGGAAUAUCGCGCAGCACGAUGGACCGACCAAGCAUCUUUUUAUAGAAUUCGUUGGAGAUCUUGUGGAAAAAAUGAAGGAUUCUCCCAAUGAAGAGUUGACUUUGGAAUGCUUAGGGGUCCUUGGAAAUUUGAACUUGCCAGAACUGGAUUGGAGUCUGGUCACCGACGAGUAUGAAUUGUUUCCUUGGCUGAAGCAGAAACUGCUGGCAGGAGACUCUGAAGAUGAUGUAAGACUUGAAAUCAUAGUUCUCUUGGGUACCAUGGCAGGAGAUGACGUAUGCGCCUCUCAUAUUUUGAAGUCAGGGAUAGUAGCGAAUGUUCUGCAGAUUCUGAAUGCGAAACAAGAAGAUGACGAACUCGUUCUUCAAAUCGUUUACCUUUUCCAUCGCUUUGUAGCGGGUAAAACGGAUAUGAGAGAAGGAUUUAUGACAAAUUAUUCAGACGCAAUACAUUACAUGAUCGAUCUGAUGCACGACGCGAACGCGGAAAUCUGUAAAUUGUGCGAUGCAACGUUGGACAUUGUUGGAAAUUGCGAUUCUGAAUGGGCAGCGAGGAUCAAGGAAGAAAAAUUCCAACACCAUAAUGCGCAGUGGCUGGAGAUGGUGAGCCAAUUGAAGGACCGAAACAAGGCUGUCUCGCGAAGGAACUCCUUGAUGAACAGCUCUGGUCGGGAGAGUCGAGAUGCACUGUAUGAUGAUGCUUCUUCGUUGGACGAUUCUGGUGGAAAUUCUUAUGAUCCUCAGGCGAAUCUCCUCGACCGCGCAGCCUUGUUUGCUGGCAGUGAUUCAGAAGACACCGGGAAAGCUUCGUCGGAUUCAGAAGAAUUUAUGGAUGCGAAUCUCAUUGACAACUCCAGAAAAAACGCAGGGAGACCGAAAUCUCGGUAUAACAACAGGAUUGCGGCAAGAGCGGAACAGUGAACAUUUUCAAGUCGGUAUCUCCGUCCAGUAUUUUGGUGGUUGACCUGAUUGGCUGUAGGAGAUUGUGAAUUUGUAAUAGAUUUUACGCACAAAAGUCGGCGUGAUGUGUUUUCCUCGUGUAAAAUUGUUGGAUCUCGAAUUAGAGGGAAUGAUGAUCUCAGCUUUUGAAA